AUGCUUUCUGUCCGAUUUUGUGACCCCGCGUGCUCAGCGCCGCACUCUGACUCCGGCAGAGAGCGCGCGCCAGAGACGGCGAACUUCCCCGCGCUCAAAGGUGGCACGAACAAGGUUCUGUUCCUGGACUGUUCUGCACGCGGACUGGUGGCAUUCCCGCCAAGCCUGCUGCAGCUGGAGCACCUGGAGGAGCUGCACCUGGAGGGGAACCUCAUAGAGACCCUCCCCUCCAAGAUCGGGCUGCUGCGGAAUCUCCGGGUGCUCUAUCUCCAAGGAAACCGACUGGAACACGUUUGCGAGGAGCUGGGGCGGCUGACGCAGCUGCUCUCCCUGGACCUGAGCGGCAACCCGGUGGCCGACGGACAGCGCCUCCUGCUGGAGGUGGUCCAGCGACUCCGCGGCCUUCGGGAGCUGAGGCUCCACGGGCUGGGCCUGACGGACCUUCCGGACCGGAUCUGCAAAAACCUCCACAGCCUGGAGCUGCUGGGGCUCUCAGCAAACAGCCUCACGACGCUCCCCGGCGCGAUCGUCAACCUGUCCCACCUGCGGGAGAUUUACGUACAGGGAAACCAGCUGGAGGUCUUGCCGACCGGGCUCGGUGGGCUGCCGCGACUGGAGAUCGUGGACGCGGGGCAGAACCUGCUGGCGGCGCUGCCGGACGGGGCCUGCGGGCCAACCUGGAGGAAGCUCUUCUUGGGCUCCAACAGGGUGUCGGCCCUGCCGGGGUCCCUCCGCAAGCUGGGGCGCCUGGCUGUCCUGGACGUCUCCCGGAACCGUUUGACCGGGCUGCCCCGCUGCUUCUCCGCGCUCACCAGCCUGGUGGAGCUGGAUCUCUCCGACAACCCGCUACGGACCCUCCCCCCUCAGGUGUGCCUCCUCACCUCGCUGCAGGUGCUGUACCUGAGAAACACCCAGCUCAGGGGUCUUCACCCCAACCUGAGCAACCUCCAGAGGAUGCAGGUUCUGGACCUCAGCCAGAACAGGUUCUCCAAGUUUCCCUCUGAGAUCAUCCACCUGAAAAACCUGGAACAGCUGUCUUUGGAUGACACCUUGAAGGAGCUGCGUCUCCAGGGGAACCGCCUGGGCCGGCUCCCGCUCAACAUGACCAAACUGCAGGCCCUGGAGGUGCUGUUGCUGGAGGGAAACCCUCUCACCGAUCCCCCGGCAGGGGUCUGCGAUCAGGGCCCGGCCGCUGUGAGGCAGUACCUGGAGGAGAAAGCACGGGUUCUGACCAAGGCCGUACAGGUGCAAGCAUGGUGGAGGGGUGUGAUGGUGCGCAGGAGACUGGGACCCUUCGCCAGCCUUGGAGCAAACGAGAAAGGAAAAAGGAAGCAAAAGAAAGACAAGGACAGGAAGAAGAAACCCGCUGCAGGCAACGCGAAGAAAGGGCCCGCCAGGAAAAAGAAAUAG